ACGAAGCAUGUCGUUGCGGUGUGUGUUCAUGUGUGCAGUGGUCAUUAUUUGGCACCGCGGUGGAGGUUCUGUGUGCCCGGAAUCCAAGAAACUGUACCCGAGGGACUGCCGCCUCUUCUACAAAUGCGUCCCGGUGCCAGAGUCGGCGCAAGCGUACGUUUGGGUGCCCUCUCGCUGCACUGCGGGCCUGGUGUAUGAGCCGCGACUGCAGCGUUGCGUGUUUCCCUCGGAAGGGUGGGAUUGUGAACAGAAGGCAGAAGAUUUUGCAGACUCGUUUUAUUCAUUAAACCGGAGCGGCAGUGUGGAAGAUGGCACGAAAAUGACAGAUUACUCCGCAGCAUCAACUGUCCAGAGUGGCAUCCCCGCGUCAGGAUUUAACGACUAUGAUAAGUCGACGAAAAUAAAUUUCGUCUCAGACGGCUGGAGCCGGAGGGAUUCUAUAGGGGCGCAAAUGCACCGUUUAACGCAACUAAUUAACAGCCUGAAAGCGACCUCUUUUCCCCACAACGAGUUCGGUUCGGGCCAGCGUUCUCCCGUCCACCAACUUAAUCUGCUCCGAGAGCGAAUUCAUAAAAUAAUGACCCAGUUAACAUCGCAGACGCCCUAUCCCAAUACGCAGCAAACUAAUCUGGACUCGGCCGGACCGCAAACCAAAUAUUCCACCCCCGAGGAGGCAGUCGGGGGGCUGUUCCGGAAAUAUCUAGCGAAUUCGAGCUUCGUAGAAGGCGGGGAGUUCGUGAAGCCGAUGGUACCGCGUGUGGGGCGGCGGGGUUUUCGAGACGCGGUGUCCGGUGGGGACGGCGUUCGCAGGAGUGCGAGAAGUGCGCGAGAACGUGUUCGAGCGAAGGGAGCCUGGAGGACCAGACGUCGCCGAAAUACUAUGUUUGCGGAGGGGUGGGGGAUGGGUGCGGCGUAGGGUCAGAUGUCCGGGAGAUUUGGAAUACUGUGUUCAAAAGAAAAUUUGUCUAGCAACAGCAUAUUGUCAUUAAUGAUAUAUUUUAUGUACAAAAGUAGAAUAGUAAAAAGGUAUAUAUAUAAUGUUGGUCAGAGUCGUCUUAUAUUACAAGGAACACUUAUAGACAAGACGUUAAAUAUUGAAUUUUAAUUAUAUUUAGCGUCAAUAUUAGAAUACAUUAAC